UAUUUCUUUAAUCAGAUAGGAUUUUGGCAUGCCGGUAAAACCUGCUCAAAAUAACCUUGUUGGUUCUGAAAGUAUAACUUGUGUGUUUGUGACAGUCAAGUGAAGUGUCAGUGUGUAACAUGACUCAGAGCGUCACAGGCGGAAGGUCACGGAGCAGCAGAACGGAACUGAAGCGGGAGUAAAAAGCCUGUCCGCCAUUGUGGAAUAUGGUGAGGGAUAUUCCAGUAAGACACUAGUCACUUUCAGUUCGCCUGUGAAACACGCAGCCUGUGGCACGAUCCGACACGUUAACUACACCGCAGACACUCAGACGCUGUUUGUACCAGGCGAGGAGAAGAACCGGAUCGACGUCGGGUCUGAGCUGGGGAGUAAAACGCCGCUACAGAGUGAUUGGACAACCCGAGAGACGAGCCAGGAAAGCACCGGAGUGCAGAGAGAGAGAGAGAGAGAGAGAGAGAGAGAGAGAGAGAGAGAGAGAGAGAGAGAGAGAGAGAGAGAGAGAGAGAGAGAGAGAGAGAGAGGGAAACCGUGGACAGUCUUCACUAACAACGAUCAGUUUCGGUUCCUGGAGGAUGUCUGCGACCACAGUCGAUCAGAGACCUAAAGGACAAGGAAAUAAAGUGCAAAACGGAUCAAUGCAUCAAAAAGAUGGUGUGAAUGAUGAUGAUUUUGAGCCUUACCUAAGCGGCCAGACAAAUCAGAAUAACAGCUAUCCACCAAUGUCUGACCCUUACAUGCCAAGCUACUAUGCUCCAUCCAUCGGUUUCCCUUACUCUCUGGGAGAGGCUGCUUGGUCUACAGCAGGAGACCCCCCUAUGUCCUAUCUAACUACAUAUGGACAGAUGAGCAAUGGCGAGCCACACUUCAUCCCGGAUGGUGUGUUCAGCCAGCCAGGUGCCCUGGGGAACACCCCUCCCUUCCUGGGCCAGCAUGGUUUCAACUUUUUCCCUGGCAAUGCAGACUUUUCCACCUGGGGUACCAGCGUCUCUCAGGGUCAGUCCACACAGAGCUCAGUCUACAGUAACAGCUAUGGGUACGCCCCCAGCUCUCUGGGAAGGGCCAUCACGGACGGACAGGCAGGGUUUGGAAGCGACACCCAGCUCAGUAAAGUUCCAGUGAUGAACAGCAUUGAACAGGGUAUGACAGGGUUAAAACUAGGUACGGACAUGGUGGCAGCUGUCACCAAAACUGUAGGCUCUCCCCUAGGUGGCACAGCAGGUAUGAGCAGCAUGGCGGCCAAUAGCCUCCCGCCGUCUGUCAGCUCCUCUGUCCCUAAACCUGCCUCCUGGGCGGCCAUCGCCAAGAAGCCGGCCAAGCUGCAGCCCAAGGUUAAACCCAAAGCCAACAUGGGGAUGGGGGGCGCUGCUAUUCCCCCACCCCCCAUAAAGCACAAUAUGAACAUUGGUACUUGGGACGAUAAGGGCUCUCUUAACAAGCCCCAGUUAGCUCAGACUAUGAUGCCCCCACAGCCUCUUGUGCAGCAGCCUCUCAUGGCUCAGCACCAGCCCUUACUUCAGAACCCUCUGCCCCCUCAGCCUCAACACCAGUCCCAACACCAACAUCAACAUCAACACCAACAUCAACACCAACAUCAACACCAACACCACCAACAUCAGCACCAACAUCAGCACCAACAUCAACACCAACACCAGCCCUUCCAGCUCCAGUCCCUCCAGUCCCCUCAACACCCCCAACACCCCCAACACCCCCAUCCUCUGGCCCCUGGUCCCCAACACCUGCACCUCACCGCUCAGCCUGGUCCCCAUCAGCAGCUUCAUCAGCAACAACCCCAGCAGCCUGGUCCACCCCCUAACCGCUGGGUAGCCCCCAGGAACCGGGGUGAGGGCUUUGGUCUGGGUGGGGGGAUCCCAUUGAGUGCCUCCCCAUGCUCCGGAGAAGUGCAUCCCGUGCUGGAGAAACUCCGCGCCCUCAACAACUACAACCCCAAAGACUUUGACUGGAACUUGAAAAACGGACGGGUUUUCAUCAUCAAGAGCUAUUCAGAGGACGACAUCCACCGCUCCAUCAAGUACUCUAUCUGGUGCAGCACAGAGCAUGGCAACAAGCGUCUGGAUGGCGCCUACCGCUCUCUGGGCAACAAGGGUCCCCUGUACCUGUUGUUCAGCGUCAACGGCAGUGGGCACUUCUGCGGCGUGGCCGAGAUGCGCUCAACCGUGGACUACAAUGCCUAUGCAGGCGUCUGGUCUCAGGACAAGUGGAAGGGCAAGUUCGAGGUGAAGUGGGCCUUCAUCAAAGACGUGCCCAACAACCAGCUGCGACACAUUCGGCUUGAGAACAAUGACAACAAGCCGGUGACCAACUCCAGGGACACUCAGGAAGUGCCUCUGGAGAAGGCCAAACAAGUGCUUAAAAUAAUCGCCACUUACAAGCAUACCACCUCAAUCUUUGAUGACUUUGCACAUUACGAGAAACGUCAGGAAGAGGAGGAGGCUCUGAGGAAGGAGCGUAAUAGAAAUAAACAGUAACCUUCAAGCAAGCUCUCUGCUAGAACUGCAACACUAAUGAUGUAGGACCUUAAAUUCAAAAUGUUUGCCUAACCACGAGGAGGAAAGGCUCUCACAAUCUUUCCGCUGAAGACGACAAUGUAUCUGAACACUUGAACAUGACAAUUGGUGGACUCAUCUGUAUCCGUUGACUGGUGCAUCAAACCCUGUGUUCCCGUCUCACGAGAAAAAGAACAUAACCCACUUUGAAACUGUCUCUAAAGCACUUUCAGUCCUGAAACAGCCUCCACCAUUACCCUUAACUCUCUAACUGUGUUCUUCUUCUUUGAUUUGUUUGUGAACAACUAACUGACUAACCCGAGUAGUCAUGAGAUUUCACAAGGCUUCUUUGUAAUUUUUUUUAAUGCCUCAGAUGUUUGGGAUAGUGGCGAUCUUCAUGAAGAGAAUUAAAGAUGAUAUAUAUGAAUUAAUCUUCUACUUGAAUCUGUAUUCAGCUGUCUGAUCCUCCUCAGACAGAGGUUUGGAUGAUUGAUAGGUGAGAUGAAAUAAUUGGGAAACAGCCACAAUCAUGCCAAUCAUAGGAUGACUCCUUCCCUCUACCUGUUCCCUUCUUUCUGCAUCUGUUUCUGUGUACCAAAAGAUUACAAUUAUGCAGCAGGCUGGCAAUCACUGGCCAGUGCACAUCUUUUGUUUCUCUCUUGUGAUUCUGUCAUUCUGAAGUGCAUUUGUCUGAGGAGAAACCUGCUGCUCUGGUGUCGAUGUGCUCUGCUGUACCUCAGGCUCAAUCUGACUGUCUGUCCUCAACAACUUAAGCACUUUUGGGAGAACCCCCCACACAUCACCAUCUCCUUUCUGCUUGGCUUGACCGGGAUUCCCCCAAAAACAGCAAGACAUCAACUGCAAGGAAGUGACAGUUUUCUCCUCUAGGUGACUCACUAGCUAAAUAAAAUUACCCAUGUUUAGCGCAAA